AUGAACGUGCAAGAUUAUGAUGAGUUAACUGCCUUCCUGGGAGCAUGGGGUCCCUUCCAGAAAACGAUAUUCUUUUUGCUGAGUGUCAUCAAUAUCCCGAACGGCUACACUACUCUCUCUAUGGUGUUCGUGGGAGACACCCCGCAGCACCAUUGCCGCCUGCCCGACUCUCCAAAUACCACCUUCGAAGGAAAUAACUCGUCACUGAACCUGAGUCUACGGAUCCCUAUUGAAGAAAGGGACGGUGAGCAAGUGUACAGUAGGUGUAGCAAGUUCAAAUCUCUUGAAGGAGACCGCUCCAGUGAGUCAGCCCGUGACAUAGAGCCCUGCGUUGACGGCUGGGUGUACAGCACAGAUAGAUACAUCUCUACAAUUGUCAGUGAGUGGAAUCUUGUUUGUGAUAAUAAAUGGAAAGGACCAUUUACAGCAUCAGUAUUUUUCUUGGGCAUGCUGUGUGGAUCAUUCAUCUCUGGACAAAUUUCAGACAGGUACGGGCGAAAACUCAUUCUGUUUGUAUCCAUGACUGUGCACACUGGCUCUAUCCUUCUCCUCGUGACCUCUCAGAGCUGGGCGAUGUUUGCUACCUUAUUCUUCAUUGUUGGCCUGGCCCAAAUUGCACGGUAUAUAGUGAUGUUCAUUUUAGGAAGUGAACUUCUUGGUAAAGCUGAAAGGAUUGCUUUUGGAACCAUUGGAGUCUGCCUAUUUUAUGCAGUGGGUUAUGUGGUUCUACCGAUUUUUGCGUAUUUUAUUCGGGACUGGCGGAUGUUAUUGGUGGCCUUGUCGCUUCCUCAAAUCCUUUAUGUUCCUCUCUGGUGGUUUAUACCAGAAUCUCCAAGAUGGCUGCUCUCUCAGGGUCGAGUGGAAGAAGCAAUAGUGAUCUUAAAAGCCGCUGCUAAAAGAAAUGGCAUUACGAUGACUGCAGGGAUGUUUGAGAAUAUAGGAAACCGAGAAUCAAUUCUGCCAAAUGAAAAUACACAUGCAGUCACUUACUUGGAUUUGGUUCGGACUUCCAAUAUCAGAAACAUCACGAUAUUUGCAGUCCUUGUAUGGAUGAUUUCUUCAGUGGGUUACUUUGGCUUAUCCUUCAACAUGCCCAAUAUGCAUGGAGACCCGUAUAUCAACUGUUUUAUCUCUGCAGUGAUUGAAAUACCAUCCUAUGUGAUAGCGUGGAUAUUGCUGCGUGUGUCACCUCGUCGGAUCUCCCUUGCUUGCAUUGUGGUGUGUAGUGGAAUUAUGCUGCUGUUGAUCCAGAUUGUACCUUCGAGUUACUAUGUGCUUAUUAUGACAAUGGCAAUGGUUGGUAAAUUCGGAUAUGCGGCAGCGUUCUCUAUGAUCUACGUUUUCUCCACUGAACUGUAUCCAACUGUAGUGAGGAGUAUGGGUGUUGCAGCUUGUUCCAUGGCAGCCAUGAUUUCCACCAUAAUAUCCCCGUAUUUUGCUUAUCUGGGGAUGUAUAAUAAAGUAUUGCCAUUCAUCUUAAUGGGAAGCUUAUCGAUAAUAGCUGGAAUGUUCUGCUUGGUGCUGCCUGAAACAUAUGGCCAGCCUUUUUCACAGACUAUUGAUCAAGUGCAACCAGUUGUCUGUUGUACGGCAUCAAGGGAAGAUGAUGUCACAGAAGCAGAAAAGGAUAAAAAUGCUGGAAACGAGCAAACCUUGAACUGUGAAAUGGAAUCUAUCUGAUUUUGAUUUUGUAAAAUUUGGAUUUAU